UAAUUGAAUAAACAGAUACAAAUAAAAAAGCAACCAAAUCUAACGUUUAAUGUACAACAAACAUAUUUGAAUUGAACUCGUUUUUACCAAUUCGGCUGACGAUUUAUUUAUUGCAUGCUAAAUGGCCAAAGUGUAUUUGUUUCGCCAACUGACCGAGCUCAAUCAGCAGCAAUCGCAGCUGCGCGAAGAGGCCAUCUCGAGUGUUUUGGACGAUGUCUUCAAGGGCAGCACUAGCAGCGUAUUUAACUACUGUGAUUGGCCUGAUUUUAAUACUAAGGAUAAUCAAUGUGAUGCGCAGGAUUUGCUGGGACGUCUACUCAAUGCACUCUUCAGUCGCGUUUAUGCCUUGGAAGCAAGAAGAGAGCUGAACAUUGGCAUCAAGCAUGCGCUGAUCGAUGGCGAGUGUAAACGUCUGAAUGUUGAAAGCAGCAAAUCAACCUCUGAACACUUUGUGGCAUCGGCAGCUGCUGCUUAUUUGUAUAUGCGCAGAGUGGUGAAUCAAUUGAGCUGCAAUUCCUGUUUACUCUUCACCAUCUGCGUGCGACAAACGAAGCUGGAACAAACGUUAAACCUUAAUGGAAAAUUGCAACUAUUGCAUCUGCAGAAAAGUAAUCUUGUAGAGCUUGCCACUCCAAUUGGUUCGCUAAUGAAGCACAUUGUUGCCUUGGCGCAAAGUGAAAAGACGCAUUUGCGUUAUUACAACAUAAAAUUAGAAGCGCUGCUCAAGGAGCUGCUGGGUCAAGGCAAGUACUGCGUAAUUAUCAACUACACAAUACUGCCAGAAAAACCACAAAAGUCUUUAGCCAAACUUCCACUUUCCAACAAAUUGUGGCAUGCACUUUACAAGCGACAGUUUCGACUGUAUAAAAUUUUAACUGAACAACUCAAAGGUCUGGAGUUCUGGAGCUGCGAUGGGCAACAGUUGCAGCUGCAUGAACUGCAGACGAGCAGCGACCUUAAAUUCGAGGUGAGAAAAUGCCAAAUUAAACAAGAGGAGUGUGAACAACACGCUGAGCAGCAGCCGGCGGCAUUUGCAGAAAUGCAGCAGAUCAAAUUGGCCGCCAAAGACAACAUCGACAGCAUGCUGGAGUUGCAGGACAUGAUGGCCAAGCUAGCCAGCAACAUGGAGCAGCACAUGCAACAGCUGGAGCAGAAGAACAAAACUAUAAGUAGACUGCAUGAGCUGCUGGCCAAAGCCAAUGACACGGUGCAAGAACAGCGUGAGCUCUUCCAGCGUAAUCUCGCUUUUUAUGCGGAAAUGUUUAAACGGUUGUGGCAGCAACAGAGCCACACGCUGCGGCUGCAGGAACAGCAGCGGGAUGAGCAGUUGUCCCAGAUGUUUGACACGAUAUGCAAUGAGUUGCAUAGCUCGCUUCUGCCGGAGACAACGCUGCAGCUGGAUGAGAGAUGCGAGCGUUAGGCAAUUAAGCACUUAAAGGGCAAACAGGCAGUGCUAUCUCUCUCUCUGUCUCUGUCUCUUUCCCUCCCUCUCUCUCUCUCUUUCGCGUCACGAUGUCUCAUGUACACAUUUGCCGUCUGCAACUUUGCCAUUUGCAAGCUGACAGCGCGAAAGAUUACAGCGCGUUGCACACACGGCAAGUUCGUUGCCUAAGUCUUUCGUUUUGCUGACAGCAUUUCAAGGUAAAAUGAUGUAAAUUUUAUAUAGUAUGAUAAAGUUUGCACUUAUGUUACAAAA